CACACACACAUUCUUCAAAGGGCACUCUGAAGAACAUCUUGUCAAAUGGAGGAUGAGGAAGGCUACUUGGGGCUUAACAUUCAAGCCAGAAAACAGCAAAGUCCGAUCUCUGUGCCUCUGGAACCAGAUCGUCUGCUGAGAUACCGUUGCUAUCGUUGGAUCAUUACUGGGACAGCAUGUGUUGUGAUUAGCCUUUUAGUAGCAGCUGUGAUAGCAUUGCGUAUCUGUGCUUUUCAGAGAAGACAAUACACGGAGGCUUUUGACAUAUCUGUUGACCCUCAGGAGACCAGCAAUGGCACCGAAAUUAAGCACAGAUUGGACAACGUUGUCUCUCGCUUGCAGACAUUUUUGUGUAAACAAGUCCUAGUGAACUCAACAGAGAGUUUCAGAUGCUACGUGUGUCCUGGAAACUGGUCUUAUCACGAUGGCAAAUGCUACUGGAUUUCCAAAGAAUUGGGGACCUGGGACAAAAGCCAGGAAGACUGCAGAGCCAGAGGGGCUCAAAUGCUUGUGCUGAAGGAACGAGAAGAAAUGAGUUUUAUCCAGAGUAUUUCUGAUGAAACACAGUCACUAUGGAUUGGGUUGAUAGGAAUGUUUCCAGCAAGAAAGUGGAUGUGGGUUGAUGAUUCCCCAUUGAAUGAAAAACUGCUGCAAGAAUUGGGGCCCCUUUUAGGAAACAGCUGCGGGAUGCUGAUGGGGCCAGAGAUUGCUUCUGAAGCCUGCUCUACUCUCUCCAUGUGGGUUUGCCAGACGGAAGCUUUGGAUGUAAAUACUUUGGCUUGAGCUAAAAUACUGCUUUGGAUAUGUUCUCCAAAGCUGUGUUAUUGGAAUAAAGAGGUCUGGGGAGGAGUGAGGUAGUAAUGAAAUGAUUCAUUAAAGCAGGGUGACAUCCAGUGGUGGGAUUCAAAUAUGUGAACAACCGGUUCUCUGUGUGGAUGUCGCUUCCGGAAGUCUAUUCUGGGCCUGGGCAACAAAAAAUUAGCUACCAGUUCUGCCGAAGUGGUGUGAACCAGCUGAAUCCCACCACUGGUUACUUCCUCAUAGAAUGGUUACAAACAGUUUAAAUCACUUGGCAGGAAGGAAAUGUCAUCAUCAAACUAUUUAUAAUAUAUUCUUUGCUCUUUCUCUUAACAAUAGUUGUAAAUUAUUAGGUACAAGGCUUUGCUUGUGUGUGUGCCUAAAAUGUAUCAGCUGAAAUAAACUUUCUUAAAGUGGU